AUGCUCUGGCGGGCGCUGCGGGGCGGUCGCAGCGCAUCGCGCUUGGCGUCAUCGCAGGUGCGCUAUGCCUCCACCAACCAGACGUACAUCGAAAAGGUCGUGCAGAAGUAUGCGGUCGACUGGGACCCUGCGGUGCCAGUGCGCUCCGGCGACUACGUGUCGAUUCGCCCAGCCACGGUCAUGACGCAUGACAACACGGGUCCUGUGAUCUCCAAGUUCCAUGCGAUCGGAGCUAAGCGGAUUCACGAUCCUGCUCAGGUCGUGUUUGCCCUGGACCACGACGUACAGAACAAGAGCGCCAAAAACCUCGACAAGUACGCGCGCAUCGAAGCUUUCGCUCGGGAGCAGCACGUCGACUUUUACCCCGCGGGCCGCGGUAUUGGGCACCAGGUGCUCGUGGAAGAGGGCUACGCCUUUCCUCAGACGCUGUGUGUCGCGUCCGACAGUCACUCCAACAUGUACGGCGGCGUAGGUGCGGUGGGCACGCCGAUCGUACGCACGGAUGCCGCGGCGAUUUGGGCCACGGGCAAGACGUGGUGGCAGCUCCCCCCGAUGGUCAAGGUCGAGCUCACUGGGACACUGCCUCCGGGCGUGACAGGCAAGGACGUGAUCGUGGCGCUUUGUGGCUACUUUAAGAACGACGAGGUGCUGAAUGCCGCGAUCGAGUUUACGGGCGAUGGCGUCCGGGCCCUGUCGAUCGAUGAGCGCCUCUCGAUUAGCAAUAUGACGACCGAAUGGGGCGCUCUGGCGGGCGUGUUUCCCGUCGACGAUACCACGCUGCAGUGGUACGAGGACUUGCUCCGCCAGAUGGACCGCCUGCAGUUCCACUUUGGCUCCUCGCCCCGGCCGUCUGAGACGCAUCCGCGUCUGACCUGGCAGCAUCUCGAAAAGCUGGCGAAAGAGCGCUUCGAGGCGGAUGCCGGCGCAUCGUACGCCAAGCAUCUGCGCUUCGACUUGUCGACACUCACGCCCCACGUGUCCGGUCCCAACAGCGUCAAGAUCGCGACGCCACUGCAUGAGCUCGAGCAGCAAAACAUUCCGAUCCACAAGGCAUACCUCGUUUCGUGCGUCAAUUCGCGUGCCUCCGAUAUCAAAGCCGCCGCUGACGUGCUGCGCGGCCGCAAAGUGGCGCCUGGCGUGGAAUUCUAUCUUGCCGCGGCGAGUAGCCUCGCGCAGCGCGCAGCUGAACAGUCCGGCGAUUGGGGCGCCUUGCUCGCUGCGGGCGCCAAGCCCCUGCCUGCUGGCUGUGGUCCCUGCAUCGGUCUGGGCACCGGCCUGCUGGAGGACGGAGAGGUGGGUAUUUCGGCGACGAAUCGCAACUACAAGGGCCGUAUGGGCAGCCCCAAGGCGCUAGCCUACCUCGCGUCACCCGCUGUCGUGGCGGCUAGUGCGGCAGCUGGCAAGAUUUGCGGACCGACUCCAAGCACCGCCAGCACCAAGCCGAGCCUGUCGAUCGUGGCCGAGGAGACAGCUGCGCCCGUGGCGUCGGCGCCUGCGACGCUGGACCCCGCCUUCCCGCCGACCUUUUCCGGCGCUCUUGUGUUCGUGCCGCAGGACAACCUGAACACGGAUGCGCUGUACCCCGGCAAGUACACGUACCAAGAUGACAUUACGCCUGCGCGCCAGGCCGAGGUCGUAAUGGAGAACUAUGAUCCGUCCUUGGCGGCGUCGAUCGCCCAAGAACGCGCCGAGCGUGCAUCGAGGCAGGCCGCGUCCUCGAUCGUGCUGGUGAGUGGCUACAAUUUCGGUACCGGCUCGUCCCGUGAGCAGGCCGCGACAGCCCUCAAGUAUGCCGGUGUGCCGGUCGUGCUCGCUGGCUCGUUCAGCGACGUGUUCAAGCGAAAUGCGAUCAACAAUGGCCUCAUCUGCCUGCAGUGCCCUGAGCUGGUCGACGACCUGACGUCGGCGUACGCCAAGGAUGGUAAGCGCGGCGCAGGUGGCCGGCAGCCGGGUGAGUUGAGUGUGUGGCUGCGUGAUGCGACCGUGUCGCUGGACAGCAGCACUGGCACCGUGACUCUGCUGCAUAGCGACGGCACCGAGAAGCGGUACACGACGCGGCCAGCUGGUAUUGGGCGCUCCAUUCAGGACAUGUACGUAGCCGGCGGCAUGGAGUCGUGGGUGCAACAGCGCUUGUAA